CAGAGAGAUACCAUGAAGUUGCCUUCCACCUACUCUUUCUCUCUUUUAGCUUUAUUCUUCUUCACCUGCUCCCAUGUCCCACCUCCUCCCCCUCUCUAUCUCCUUCCCCCUUCAUGAUCAUCUACUCCUCUCUCCUCUUCCUCCUUCCAUAAUUUCCUAACCACCAAUCAUCUCUCUCUCUCUCUCUCUCUCUCUCUCUCUCUCCAUCUUCAUGCAUACCCUAUAGCUAUUGACAUCUACUAUACACUCAUUUUCCAAAACCCUAAUGGCCAACAUAUCAACACUCUUCAACAAGUUCCUCUCUCUCCUUCUCCUCCUCCUCCACCUCGGCUGCUUCUCUUUCACCGCCACCACCAACCACCAAACAAAGCAUCAUCACCGCCGUAAACUCCUUAAACCCAACACCCUAAAACCCCAAAAAGCCCUUUCCACCUCCUGGUCCUAUCUCAAACGCAUCUUCACCUCCAAAUCCUGCAAAAUCACCUGCACCAACAUCAUCCAAUCCCACCUCUCCACUCCACCCCGCUCCUCCAGCCAUUCCAUCGUCUCCCUCGUCCUACCCGACCCAGACACCAAAUACCCACCUGGGUCAUUCCCCGAAUCCGGUAUCUCGGCCGGUUCCCACCAAUUCUUCCCUCUCCGAAACGAUAUCUUCCCAUGUACCGCCUGCGGCGAAAUCUUCCCGAAGCCCGAGACUCUCGACCACCACCAGGCAAUCCACCACGCCGUUUCAGAGCUCCAUGACGGAGACUCGGGCAAAAACAUCGUCCAAAUCAUAUUCAAAACCGGUUGGACCGAUACGCGAAAAGCCCCCGAAAUUCACCGGAUCCUGAAGAUCCACAACAGCGGUAAAAUCCUGUCGAGGUUCGAGGAGUACAGAGAGCUGGUCAAGUCGAAGGCGGCGCGAAACGGCGCUUGCCGGAGGCGGGACGAGCGUUGCAUUGCCGACGGCAACGAGCUUCUCCGAUUUCACUGCUCCACUUUCGUCUGCGAUUUGGGACUCAACGGGAAUUCUGGGAUUUGUAAUCACGAGUACUGCAGUAUUUGCGGGAUUAUUAAAUCUGGAUUCUCGCCCAAGUUGGACGGAAUUUCCACUUUGUCGAGUAGCUCCAGGGCACACGUGGCGAUUCCGGAGGAUAUCGAGGAGGACUUUAAGUUCAUGAACGUGAAGCGGGCUAUGCUGGUCUGCCGGGUCGUGGCGGGUCGGGUCGGGUGUGACUCGGAGGAGGAUAUUGAUGACGUGGACAAAGAGGGCGGUGGAUUCGACUCGGUCGUGGGACGAGGAGGCAGCGGGGUACACUCGAGGGUCGACGAGGAGGAGCUUUUGGUGUAUAACCCGAGGGCUGUGCUUCCUUGUUUUGUGAUUAUAUAUGUUGUGUGAUAGUGUGACAGUUUGAGCAUUUGAUGCAUGGAAUAUGAACUUGUAGUACUACUUAUUGUAGAGCGAGGAUUGUGAUUUUUUGGUGAUGUGUGGUGGUGAUGGUGUUUGAUCCACUCCAGGUUUUUGCUUAGCCUGUGACCAAAAACAUGUCACAGCCCUAAUCCUCAAUUUCUAUUUCCCAUCUUCUUCUUAUUAAUUUACUAAUUUAGGUAUGUGGAUAUUUAUUUUUUGGUAUGUAAUUAUAUAUAAAUAGGAUGAUGAAUUGUUGAUGUUAA